GACGGUCCGACUACCAGCUGCCCAUCACACCCCGCGGCUCCUUCACUGCUGAACACUUUUCACUGGACCAGUAAAGUUUCUAUUUUCCUGCCAUCAUGAAUCCGCCCUGUGGAAGAUGCAAUAAACCAGUUUAUCCCACAGAGAAAAUAAACUGCCUUGAUAAGUACUGGCACAAAGGUUGUUUCAGCUGUGAGGUCUGCAAGAUGGCCUUGAGCAUGACGAGCUACAAAGGCUUUGAGAAGAAACCUUACUGCAGUAUGCAUUACCCCAAAACCUCGUUCACCAUAGUGACCGACACCCCUGAGAAUCUGCGUCUCAAACAACAGAGCAUGCUCAAUAGUCAGGCCCUUUACAAGGAGGAGUUUGAAAAGAACAAGGGGAAAGGUUUCAGCGUGGUGGUCGACACGCCAGAGAUGCAGAGAGUGAAGAAGACACAGGACCAGAUCAGUAAUAUAAAGUACCAUGAAGAAUUUGAGAAGAGCAAGAUUCGAAGUGAUGCACCCCCUCCGGAAAAUAGACAAGACUAUGAGGAGCAGCCAUCCAGCCCUGAAAGAUUCAGUCAGCCUGCUGGACAAAUGCGUACUGCUGCUGUAGCACCACACAGUGGAGGGAAGCGUUACCAGGCCAUGUACAGCUACGUGUCAGCUGAAGCCGAUGAAGUUUCUCUGCAGGAAGGCGAUCUUAUCUUAGACGUGGAGCCGAUAGACGAGGGGUGGAUGUUCGGAUUAAACCAGCGCACGGGGCAGCGGGGCAUGCUUCCUGCUAACUAUGUCCGACCCGUGUGAGACAAAGAGACCUGCCCAACAGACAUUAAGGGGUCCGCCUCCUGCCCGGCUGCUGUCCGCACCUGCGAUCAGGCUUUAAAUCACCUUUUUGCAAAUGAAAUAUGCCAUUUAAAGAGCAUCCUGCCUGAUUCUGCUUUGCAUUUUUUCAUUAAUGUAAUUUUUAAAAACAAUGGGGCUCUGCUUAUGGUUUCUGUGACUUCCAUGAAGAAUAAUGAUACCAACAGUUAAAGUCUGUAAUAAAGUCGGG